AUGGCCACCUCCACCAUGUCUGUCUGCUCUGAUGCUUGCACCAACUCCUCCUGGCAGGUGGAUGACUGCCCAGAGAGCUGCUGUGAGCCUAGCUGCUGUGCCCCCAGCUGCUGCCAGUCCAGCUGCUGUGUCCCCAGCUGCUGCCACUGCUGUGCCCCAGCCCCCUGCCUGACCCUCAUCUGCACCCCAGUGAGCUGUGGGUCCAGCCCCUGCUGCCAAUCUGUCUGUGCUAGCUCCUGUGCACCCUCAUGCUGCCAACAGUCUAGCUGCCAGCCCUCAUGCUGCCAAUCUUCCUGCUGUGUGCCUGUCUGCUGCAAGCCUGUCUGCUGCACACCCAUCUGUUCUGGAUCCUCCUCAUGCUGCCAGCAGUCUAGCUGCCAGCCAGCUUGCUGCACCUCCUCACCUUGUUGUGUGACCCUUUGCUGCAAGCCUGUCUGCUGCACACCCAUCUGCUCUGGAUCCUCCUCAUGCUGCCAACAGUCUAGCUGCCAGCCCUCAUGCUGUCAGUCCUCCUGCUGUGUGCCUGUCUGUUGCAAGCCUGUCUGCUGCAAGCCCUGCUCCAGCGUGUCCUUGCUCUGCCGCCCUGUGUGCAGACCUGCCUGCUGUGUGCCCAGCUCCUCCUGCUGUGCCUCGUCCUGCCAGCCCAGCUGCUGCAAGCCCUGCUCCAGCAUGUCCCUGAUCUGCAGCCCUGCCUGUUCCAGCCAGGCCUGCUGUGGCCUCUGCUCUGGCCAGAAGUCCAGCUGCUGCUGA